AUGAAGCUUUUUUCACUUUUUGACAAGGCCAUCAAUUCGGCUCUUGCUGACGGACCUUCAGAUGCUCAAACCGCUAAAGCGGAUGAGAUUUGCAAAGAUGUUGCCGGCGGAGAUCCCAAAGUCUUCGAAUACAGAUUCAGCGGUGCUCAAGCCAAACUAUUUGAGUGCACAUAUGAUGUAGCCGCGGACUCAGGAACGAUUGAGCGAAAAACUCUUGUGAAACUAUACAACGAUCCGGACGCUAUAAACUUUUACAGGAUGAAUAAAAAUCGUCUCAAUGACGUUGUCAACGCGUAUCAAAAUGGCGGCGACAUCGGAGUUGGCGCAGAGAUCUACAAAACUUACAAUGAUGGAAAUCCUUAUGGCAGCUUGAACUUCGCCAUUGUUCAGGAGUUUUUGAACGGCGGUGAUUUAGAAGACACCACUCCAACGGAUGAUGAUAUUUUCGCCGUGGCUAGGUUGCUUGCAAAGAAUCAUCUAGUGCCAUACGGCGAUACAGGCAUGAACAGGGACUUUUGCAGCCAACACUGGCCCUGGAAUACAGUCGCUUACGGGGAUCAUCUGAACGAUGAUUAUUUCAAAGAUGGUCGAGACUUCGUUCAAGGAUACAUGCAAAAGAACGGAAUCGGUGAUAUGAAGACUCUUCAAGAGUUCUACGAAUACGCGCGAGAUCAAGCCGAAAUGGCCCCGUCUCCAGCCGUCUUUAGCCACGGAGAUCCGCACUUGGGCAACAUCUUCAAGCUUGAUGACGGAACUUACCGUCUUUUGGACUACGACAAUUCAAACAUUGGGCCAAGAAUUUGGGAUCUUAUUUAUUUCUGGAACAAGUUACCAAACACCGAUAAAGACUCAAAGUUUGAUGCCUACAUAAACGCUUAUGUAACGGAAUACAAUGCAGGAAAUCCGCCAGUACCUGUUACGGCGGCUGAAAUUUCGAACGAAUUUUUCUGCCAUCUUCCAUACAGCCUUCUUCAAUUGGCUGCAUUCUAUCAUACAAUGGAAGACUUAAGAUUCUUGAAAAUCGACGAGUUGACCCUGUAUGUGAUGGAUCUUAUUUUGAAGGACAAGAAUUUCCCGCAAUGCCAGGCUGCUUCUGUGCCAACUGGAGCUCUUUAUGCAGACUGCGAGUUUGAAGCUAAAUCGAAUGAUGUUCAAAUGAAGGUGACGAAUAAAGGCGGCAAUGGAGGUAGUGAUGCGCGAGAAUACAGCCUUGCUCUUGGACUCCUAUUCUUGUCCAUUUUUAGAUAA